AUGGCCGCGGAUAAUGCGGCGGUCCACGCCUCAGGCGCCGACCAAGGCGAGUUGAGGCGGCGCAAUAUCCCCAUCACCGAGCCGACCGCGGGGACAGUCCAAAGGGUCGAGCCGGAGGACAAGAAGAAGGAGGUCAAGAAGGAAGCAUCUUUCUUGCAGGUCCUCGACGAGUGGGAGUUCCUCAUUGCGCCCAUAAUCUUCACGGCUCUCGCAUUUUUUACACGACUCUACCAGAUUGGCAAGUCCGACAUCGUGACUUGGGACGAGGCCCACUUUGGGAAGUUCGGAUCACACUACAUUUCCAGGACAUACUAUUUCGAUGUCCAUCCGCCGCUAGGAAAGAUGCUGGUUGGCCUCUCUGGCUACAUGGCAGGCUACAAUGGCUCCUUUGAAUUCAAGUCGGGAGAGAAGUACCCUGAUUGGGUCAACUACACAUUCAUGCGCCAGUUCAACGCAUUCUUUGGUGCCAUUAUCGUCCCGUUUGCCUACCUGACCGCCAAGGAGCUCAACUUCAAGCGCCCAGCUGUGUGGCUGGUGACCUUGAUGGUCCUUUGCGAGAACAGUUACACCACCAUCUCAAGGUUCAUCCUUCUCGAUUCGAUGUUGCUCUGCGGUACCGUCACCACCGUGUUCUGCUGGGCCAAGUUCCACCGUCUCCAGAACAAGAGCUUUGAACCAGAGUGGUUCUUCUGGCUGUUUAUGACUGGUCUUAGCAUCGGCUGCGUCACGAGCGUCAAGCUGGUUGGUCUCUUCGUUACUGCCCUCGUCGGUCUAUACACUGUUGAGGAUUUGUGGCACAAGUUCGGAAACCUCAAGAUGCCGCCGCUGGAGCUUGGCGCACAUGUUGCUGCGAGGGUAGUUGGACUCAUCAUCCUUCCCUUCCUGGUCUACAUGCUGAGCUUCGCCAUCCACUUUGCUGUUCUCACCAAGACGGGUCCCGGAGAUGCCCAGAUGAGCUCCCUCUUCCAGGCCAACUUGCAGGGAACAGAGGUUGGCAAAGACAGCCCCCUGGAGCUUGCCUAUGGCAGCCGCGUCACCAUCAAGAACAUGGGUUAUGGCGGUGGUCUCCUGCACAGUCACGUUCAGACAUAUCCCGAAGGCUCAACCCAACAGCAGGUCACUUGUUACCAUCACAAGGACUCCAACAACGAUUGGUUCUUUUACCCUAACCGUAACGACCGCGAGUACAAGGCGGAUGAGGAACCUCGCUUCAUUGCCGACGGUGAUGUUUUCCGUCUGAUUCACGUCCAGACCGGCCGCAACCUUCACUCGCACGACAUUGCGGCGCCCAUGACCAAGUCGGACAAAGAGGUCUCUUGCUAUGGUAACCUGACUGUUGGUGACGACAAGGAUCACUGGAAGGUCGAAGUUGUCCGUGAUGUGGCUUCACGUGACCGCAGCAGAGUCAGGACGCUCACUACGGCUUUCAGGCUAAAGCAUGCUGUUCUGGGCUGCUACCUGCGUGCUGGCAAUGUCAACCUCCCUCAGUGGGGUUUCAAGCAGAUCGAGGUCGCCUGUACCCCCAAGAACAACCCCCGCGAUACUUACACCUGGUGGAACGUUGAGGCACACUGGAACGACAAACUGCCCAAGGGAAACCCUGGAGUAUACAGGUCGCCGUUCAUCCAUGACUUCAUUCACCUCAACGUGGCUAUGAUGACGUCCAACAACGCCCUUGUCCCCGAUCCUGACAAGCAAGACGAUCUUGCCUCGCAAUGGUGGCAGUGGCCAAUCCUCCACGUCGGUCUGCGCAUGUGUGGAUGGGACGACAACAUCGUCAAGUACUUCCUCCUGGGCAACCCCUUUGUUUACUGGGGUACCACUGCCGGCGUGGGAAUUAUUGGCCUGGUUGUGGUUUGGUACCUGCUCCGCUGGCAGCGUGGAUUCCAGGAUCUCUCGAUGCCCGAGGUUGACCAGAUCCACUACUCAGGUGUCUAUCCCUUCGUAGGAUGGUUCCUACACUAUCUGCCUUUCGUCGUCAUGGCGCGUGUCACCUACGUGCACCACUACUACCCGGCGCUUUACUUUGCCAUUUUGACAUUCGGCUUCCUCGUCGACUGGUUUACUCGCGACAUGCACAAGUCUAUCCAGUACGGCAUCUACACUGCCCUUUACACGAUCGUCAUCGGUCUUUACAUUCUGUUCAUGCCGAUCUGCUGGGGCAUGGUUGGUCCCAACAGGACCUACAGCUACCUUAAAUGGUUCGACACGUGGAGAAUGUCUGAUUAA